CAGGAAGGAAGAGCAGCAGCAGGGUGUGAGAGAAGCUCCCGUCAGCCCACAAGAUGCCGUUGCCCCCCGGCCUCCUGCUGCUGCUGCUCUCUGGGGCCACGGCCACCGCCGCCCUGCCCCUGGAGGGCAGCCCCACUGGCCCAGACAGCGAGCAUAUGCAGGAAGCGGCAGGAAUAAGGAAAAGCAGCCUCCUGACUUUCCUCGCUUGGUGGUUUGAGUGGACCUCCCAGGCCAGUGCCGGGCCCCUCAUAGGAGAGGAAGCCAGGGAGGUGGCCAGGCGGCAGGAAGGCGCACCCCCCCAGCAAUCCGCACGCCGGGACAGAACGCCCUGCAAGAACUUCUUCUGGAAGACCUUCUCUUCCUGCAAAUAAAACCUCACCCGUGAUUACUCACGCAAGUGUAAUGACAGACCUGAAUAAAAUGUAUUAAGCAGCA